AUGCAAGGCAUGCAAGGGCAACAACCAACUGCUCCUGCUCCUACUCCUCAGGCUGCAGCAGGGCCUGAUUUUCGUGCCUUCUUUCGGAUGGAUCCGCCAGAGUUCUUGGGUGGCUUAGACCCUGUGAUUGCGCAUGAUUGGCUAUAUGCUAUGGAGAUGAUAUUCCAGGCUAUUCAGUGCACAGAGGAAGAGAAGGUGAUCUUUGCUGCUCAGAAAAUGAAGGGGCCAGCAGGUAGAUGGUGGAAUACGGAGUCUACGUAUUUCACUAACCGGGGGAUUCCAAAGGAUUGGCAACAUUUCAAGACAGCUUUCUUGGAGAAAUACUAUCCCAACAGUGUGCGUGCUUUGAAGGAGCGUGAAUUUCAAUCUUUCAAGCAAGGCAACAUGUCGGUAUCUGAAUAUGCUGAGAAGUUUGAGGACAUGGCUGCCUAUUCCAGACAAGCUGCCUAUGCACCAGAUGAGUUAUGGAAGAUUGAUCAGUUCCUUAUGGGGCUGAAUGCCGAUAUUGUGCACAGUGUGUCUCAAAGGGAGUUUACCACCUAUGCUGAGUGUUUGAGGCAAUGCUAUGUUGCCGAGAACACAUUGAAGAGAGUCCAAGAUGAAAGAGAACAGAAUAAGCCGGUUUGUAGGGAACCAGGAAGGUCGGGGCAGCAUUUGAAACCCCGCAAUUUUCCAGCUAUGAAGAAACAAGUUCAUGGUGAUCGCUCUACUCAACCUUCUUGGUGUGGCAAGUGUAACAAGAAGCAUUAUGGAGAUUGUAGGACAGCCCCGGUGAAAUGCUACAAGUGUCAAGAGUUCGGUCAUUUUAGGAAGGAUUGUCCUAUGCGAGAUGCUCCCGAAAGGACUCCAGGUCGUGUUUACACCUUGGACGCUAGGAAGGCCCAAGGGAACACUAAUCUUGUUGCUGGUACGUGUUAUGUCAAUAACCAACCUUUGUUUGUGCUAGUUGAUUGUGGAGCAACACAUUCUUUUAUUUCUUAUCCUUGUGUGCGGAGGCUUGGUUUUGAAACGAGUCUUCUUCCUAAUCCUAUGAUUAUCUCUUCGGCUACGGACGAUGUAGUAGAAGCUCGAGAAAUUUGCAAGGAGUGUUCUAUUACCUUCAAUGGUCGUAGGUUCGUGAUUGAUCUCAUCUGUCUACCUCUUAAGAAGAUCGAUGUAGUACUUGGUAUGGACUGGUUGUCAGCUAACUCGGUUUACAUCGGCUGUAAAGAGAAGGCUAUCUUCAUUCCUGCUGAGGAGACUACACCAACCGAUGCCAUUGAACAUCUUCUUGAAGGUACAGUUAACAUGAUCAAUUACCUUUUUGCUCAAGAGAAGUCUUUCCUUUUGGUUCUUACGUCGGACUCCAAGGAUAAGAAGAGUGUAUUGGAGAUUCCGGUUGUGUGUGAAUUUUCCGAUAUUCGGGUUAAGAGUUCGGAUGUAUCUAAGACCGCUUUUAGGACGAGAUACGGUCAUUAUGAGUUCUUGGUUAUGCCAUUCGGGGUAACCAAUGCUCCUGCUGUCUUUAUGGAUUACAUGAACCGGGUGUUUCAACCAUAUUUGGAUCAGUUCGUGGUAAUCUUUAUAGACGACAUAUUGAUAUACUCUCGGACUAUCGAAGAGCACAUGGAGCAUUUGAGGAUUGUGUUGUCGGUUCUCAGAGAGAAGCAGUUGUUUGCGAAGUAG